CAAAUGAGUGACUGUAAUCCCGUUUCCACACCGAUUGAGAAAGAGACUAUUCAAGAAGGGAAAGAAGAAACGGAAGCUUCCUGUUUCCCAUAUAGAGAAGCUGUCGGUGCUCUGGCAUACUUAAUGGUUGGUACUCGCCCUGACAUUGCUUAUGCCAUCGGAGUUGUCUCAAGAAAGUUGGAGAAACCUGUAAAGACAGAUUGGCUCAAGGUAAAACGUAUCUUGCGCUACAUCAAAGGUACCUUUUCGCAUGGGAUCUCAUAUAAAGCUGGUCUCAAACCUGGAAUCCUAGAAGGAUUUAGCGACGCCGACCACGGAGGUGAUCCAGAAACCGGACGUUCCACAACGGGAGUGAUCUGUCGCUAUUCUGGAGGCACAGUUUCAUGGAUCAGUCAGCGACAAACAUCGGUCGCUAUCUCCACUACAGAAGCCGAAAUUGUGGCAGCUAGUGAAGCUGGCAGAGAACUAAUGUGGCUUGCUAGACUAUACCAGGCAUUGACUACAAUUGCGGACGUACCGGUUCUGCAUGUGGACAAUGAAGCUGCUGUUCGUCUUGCUCACAACCCCGAGUUUCACAAGAGAACGAAGCAUAUCCGGCUCAGACAUUUCUACGUCAGAGAAUUGGUAACUGAGGGUAUCUGCAACGUUGUACGGAUCGGAACAAAGGAUCAAGUCGCAGACAUCCUUACCAAACCACUACCUCGUACGUCAUAUGCAGUUCUACGCCAGGCGCUAGGACUGUGUACUAUGUAAAUGUUUAGGGAAAGUGUUGGAGUUAAUGGAUAUAGAAACUCCUUAUCAAAAACAUAUACAUAGAAAGAAGUGACAAGAGUUGUCAUAAGAAGAAGUGAAAAAAUGUCUGUCACUUCGUGAAGUACAAUAAAAUAAGAAAACUGUGAUUUCGAUAAUAAAUUCUAAAACAUCGACGUAACUAAUACUAAUUCGUAAAAGUGUGUUAGUGUAUUAUUUCGUAACUGCCUGCACUCUGCGAUUUAAAGAACCACGCUCUGCUACCAAGAACUUUAAAUCAUAUCAGUAGCUGCGGUCUGAAGUCGUCGAUGAAGCAACGCCUUCUUCCUACACGAGUAGUAGAUGGCGGUGUCAUCGGCGAAGAGCGCCAGAUGGCUCUCCGGAGACCGGGGUAUAUCAUUGAUAUACAAACUAAAUAGUAACGGGGAGAGGGCGGAGCCUUGCGGGACUCCGGCUGUGACGUGGGUCAAAGACGAUGGAUAUGGAAUGAUCAAUAAUAUGAGGUGUCCUAAAAAGAUUUGGAUAGACUAUGUGAAAGAUAUGCAAGAGAAGAAUGGGAGUGCAGAGAUUACGUGUGAUGAUGAAGUGUACAUAUUGUGGGAUAAGGGCAAAAAGAAGAAGAAGAUUAAGUUUUCACUAAAACAGUUAAUUGAAAUAAAAUAGCAAAGUCGUUAUUAAUUUUUAAGCCGUCUAGUCUGUCCCAUUUGUACUUUUGACAUAAAGAAUAAGGAAAUAAUGUGUCAACGUCAUAGUUGAAAUCUUGUUGUUGUCACUUGUCAGUUGGUUUUGCAAUUUAAAUGUAACAAUACACAUUCCUACAAUUGUUCGUAAAAUUUCAUUCUGAUUUCGCAUAAUCUGUGAUUGUAAUUCUUGUGAACGCGUGCACGCAUCAACUUAAAAAACAUCAAUUAAUUCUUUCUAUAAAUACAUUAUUGAUUAAAUGCAUGUUCAUAGUAAAAAAAAUUACACCUUAAUUUUCAUAAUCGUCUCAUUUUUUGAAUCUACUAUAAAAUGCCGGAUAUGAAAUAUAUUCUUGUGACUGGUGGCGUUAUAAGUGGUGUUGGAAAAGGUGUAAUCGCAAGUUCUUUUGGCACAAUCUUAAAAAGCUGCGGUAUUGAUGUAACUUCUAUCAAAAUCGAUCCGUAUAUCAAUAUAGAUGCAGGAACGUUUUCUCCCUACGAGCACGGUGAAGUGUAUGUCUUAGAUGACGGUGGCGAAGUUGACCUUGAUCUUGGCAAUUAUGAGCGCUUCUUGGACAUAACUCUGCAUAGAGAUAAUAAUAUAACAACGGGAAAGAUUUAUCAACAGGUUAUAGAACGAGAGAGAAGAGGAGAUUAUUUAGGAAAAACUGUUCAAGUUAUCCCACACAUUACUGAUGCUAUCCAAGAAUGGGUACAGAGAGUCGCACAUAUUCCGGUGACAUCAAAUAAUGCACCUCCUAGAGUGUGUAUAAUAGAGCUUGGUGGCACAAUAGGUGACAUAGAAGGAAUGUCAUUUGUAGAGGCAUUUAGACAAUUUCAAUUCCGUGUGAAGAGAGAAAACUUUUGCUGUGCUCAUGUGUCUUUAGUGCCAAUGCCCAAAUCAACUGGGGAACCUAAAACGAAACCUACACAAUCAUCAGUCAGAGAGUUGAGAGGCCUGGGCUUGUCACCAGAUUUGAUCCUGUGUCGCUCUGAAAAGCCCAUUAAUCAUAAUGUGAAAGAGAAAAUAUCAAACUUUUGCCAUGUUGCUCCAGAACAGGUUAUAUGCAUUCAUGAUUUGACUUCGGUUUACCAUGUACCGCUGCUAAUGGAAGCACAAGGAGUUGUCCAAUAUCUGAAUGAGAGAUUGAUACUCAAUAUAUCAAUGCCUAGACCAAGCAGAUUCAUGCGUAAGUGGCGUAAUCUAGCUAAACGAGUAGACAAUUUGCGUAAAGAGGUAAAUAUAGCACUUGUAGGAAAAUACACAAAACUUGAAGACAGCUAUGCCAGUGUCACUAAAGCAUUACAGCAUUCAUGCAUUGCAACUGGAUGUAAACUGAAUCUCACAUACAUUGAAGCUGUUAAUUUGGAGAAACAGAUGAAAAUCGAUGAUCCUGUAAACUACCAUAAAGCUUGGCAGGAUUUAUGUAAAAGCGAUGGUGUAAUAGUUCCUGGUGGAUUCGGACAACGAGGUAUGGAAGGUAAAAUAGAGGCGUGUCAGUGGUGCAGAGAAACACAAAAACCAAUGCUGGGCAUUUGCCUGGGCUUACAAGCUGCUGUCAUAGAAUUUGCUAGAAACGUUCUCGGGUUAAAAGGAGCUAAUAGUACAGAAGUAGAUCCAGCAUGUGAAGAUAAACUGGUGAUUGACAUGCCUGAACACCAUCCUGGUAAUCUUGGUGGUACAAUGAGACUCGGAAAAAGAAAUACUUAUUUAGAACCUAGUAUAGUAAGCCAGUUAUACAAAAAAGAAGUCAUAGAAGAGCGCCACAGACACCGUUAUGAAGUGAACCCAGAAUACACAGAUCGUCUUGAAGCAGCUGGCCUCAACUUCGUCGGAAAAGAUGACACUGGAACAAGAAUGGAAGUAGCUAUAAUAAAAGACCACCCAUAUUAUGUAACUGUGCAAUUUCAUCCAGAAUAUUUGUCAAGGCCUCUAUCUCCGAGUCCCACAUUUUUGGGUCUUAUUCUGGCAUCUUUGGGCAAACUGAAAUCAUACAUGAACAGAGGGUGUCGUCUUAGUCCAAGAAAUCAAUCUGAUGUUAGCUCUGACGAAGAAGAUUUGUCUGUGUCUUCAAUCAGUUUAUCAGAUGAAAACACAAUCAUAGAGAAUGGUAAAGAAGAAAAUUUAACAACAAACUUGAAGAAAAUGAAUGGUCAAGUUAAUGGUAACACUGGUUAAACGAAUUCUCCACAUUUAAUUCCAAUUAAUUAGGUACUGUUUAAUUUUAAGCUUUACUCGUGCUUUGAUCAACUAUUUCAAUGUAACUAGAAUCUAUUAUAUGUUAUUUACUCACAAAACAAUUACAGUAAGGUCUUUCUAAUUAUGACAGGCGAAUAUAAGGGCCCUGUAUAUGAAUUAUCUAAUAUAUAAAAUUCUCGUGUCACAAUGUUCGUUCCCAUACUCCUCCGAAACGGCUCGACCGAUUUUAGUGAAUCUUAGCGUGCAUAUCGGUCAGGGUUGAGAAUCGGCUACUAUCUAUUUUUCAUCCCCCUAAAUGUUAAGGGUGGUCCACCCCUAAAUUUUAUUUGUUAUUUUUUAGACAAAAAAAAUUGUUUUUAUUUUUUAUGAUACAGCAUACAAAAAUACAUACAACCCUAAAUUUUCACCCCUCUACGAUCAACCCUUAUUUUUUAUUUGCUAAUUAAAAACUUUAAAAUUUUUUGCGAGAAUUUUGUUUUUAUUUUGUCAUGACGUAGAAUAAAAAAAUUCAUAUUACUCUGAAAUUUUCACCCCUCUACGAUCAACCCCUAUUUUUUAUUUGUUAAUUAUAAACUUUAAUUUUUUUGGCAAGAUUUUCAUUUUUAUUUUUAUUUUGUCAUGAAUUAAAAUAAAAAAUCGGAUGUUACUCUCAAUUUUUCAUCCCUCUAUGAUCAACCCCUAUUUUUUAUUUGUUAAUUAUAAACUUUAAUUUUUUUGGCAAGUUUUUUAUUUUGUUUUGUCAUGACUUAAAAUAAAAAAAUCAUAUUACUCUCAAUUUUCACUCUUAUACGAUCAACCCCUAUUUUUCCAUCCCGAUUAAUAUUUUUUUUAUUCUAUGCACAGAUCCCCAAUAAGGUUGCAAGAUGGCAAUCAAAUAUUAUAAUUGUAGUACGACAAAUUCUUAUUCAGAGCUUAUAAUUUCAAGUUCCUUUAAUUAUGAUUUUUUUUAAAUUGAAUUUGAUCUCCCGCCAUCGCCGGUUGACUACUGAUCAACUAUCAAUCGAUCAGCUAUCCCCGUCUGAUGCCACCACUCAUCCAGCAAACAUCACGUAGUAGGGAUGAGGACAAAGCCGGUCUCCUGUCUUACUUUUUUUUUUAUGGGAUUUUAUGACCUGGUAACUGAGACCUUUAAGUCAUGUCUUAUUUUAAUUUAUAUUCAUAUUUUUAUGAAAAAUGAUAUUAUGAAGUGAAAUGAUAUGAAGAUGAUUAAUUUGAGACAUUAAUCAACUAGGAUGAAAUUAAAUGAAAUGAAAUGAGAUGAAAUAUAAUCUCAGAAAAUGGUGGUCAUUUACUUUUUUGAGUGGGCUUUUUGGAGGAUCCCGAGAAGUUACGUCCAGCGGCUUUGUUUCAUUUUCCCACAUUUGUGCACUUUCACAGAUAUUAAACAGUUAAUAAACCACCAUUACACAUUUAAACCCGAAGAAACACUAAAUAGACAAAAUAAAACACAUCACACAACUUCACUCCUCGCGUUCCCGCCAAAAAGUCCCUGUCUUACUUACUCACUAUACAUCAUAGAUUAUACACUUAAUAUUAUUAUAUUUGAGAGCUAUACAAUACUAUACAUUAUUCAGCCAUGUUUUUUUGGUUUUAUUUGUGUAUCAAUAGUAUGUUCAGUAGGUCUGAGAAUCGGCUACUAUCUAUUUUUCAUACCUAAGUGAAAAGGGUUGUCCGUCCACCCCAAACAUUUAUUUUUAAUUUAAAUUUUUUGGAUAUUUUUUUGUUUAUAAUGAAGUAUUAUGUGGUUAAAUGAGGUUUUUUUUUCUACAGUAGAAUUUCCCUAGCAAUCUUAUUUAAGGCAACACAACGUUUGCCGGGUCAGCUAGUGCUCUAUAAUAUUUUAAUGAUAGUGAAAUAGCCGGACUAAGGAAACCUUUCUGAAUAACAAACAUAAACAGUUGUGAUAUUUCAUAAUACACCUUGCACGCCUAAAUGUAUAUUUAACCAAUAUCUUACCUAUUACUGCACGAAUGUAAGAAAUUGGAGCGGUUGCCUUCUUUUUUUAAAGACGAAAGAUAGUAAACUACUACUAAUAGAUACAAAUCUAAGUUUAAUUUAUUUUAGUAGAUAUAAAUACAUAUAAAUAGACAAAGACAAAAUAGUUACGAUGUAUUUUUGUUCACUAGCUAUUGACAAGCUUUUAGUGUUAUAUUUAAAUAUUUAAAAGAAAAAAGUCAAUAAGAAAACAUAUCGUAAUACAUAAAAAAAUCUAAAUCUUGAGGUGUAGACGUAAUCGUCGAGUUUGGUCGUAAUGGUCGAGUUUUAACUACCAUUUCAUCAAUGAAAGUAAAUAUUAAAAUAUUUUCCAUAGUUUCAGAUUUGGUGAAUCUCUAAUAUUAAAACAGCUGCCAGACUCGUUAUCAGUUUUUGUGCGAUUUUAAUCACUGUAACAAAAUAUAUUCAAACUUUAGUAUUAUCCUGUUAGAAUCAACAGCAUUGCAACCUGUGUGCUUAGUGCGAGUUUUUUUUAAAGUUCUCGAUAGCGUAAAAGUUACAUCAAAUUUGUAUGGAGUUUGGAACGUUUGCCGCAAGGGGCGCUGUUACAACUGCAUACAAAUUUAAGUGAACUUUUAUGCUAUCGAAAACGUUAAAAAACUCGCACUAAGUAUUUUCGGGACCUGUUUUAGAACACCCUGUAUGUUACUGACGUUGUUGUAUCCAACAACACUAAUUAUUAUAUUAAUAAUUAAUUAAUUAAUCGUUAAUUAAAAAAAUUAAUCGUUCAUUACUCCGCUCAGUGAAUAAAUCAAUUAGAAUUAGGAAGGCCUUACUGUGUAAUGUAUAUAUUGCUAGAAAUGAAUUCAUGACAAAUAAAACGUAAGGACUCCAAACAUGCAUGCAUAAUUUUAAUAAUAGUUUUGUGAUUCUGUAACAAUGUAAUUGUUGCUGGACUUUCUAGAUUAAAAUAUUAAGUUUAACUUAAAAUAUUAAGUUUAACUUAGUCCAUAGAAUAUUUAAGUACAAUUUUCCGUUUAUUAUUGUAUAAAUUGACUAUUUCAUGCUUUAUUAACAGAAAUGUGUAAGUUAACAGUGUGAUCAUCGUUAGAACUGUAUCCAAGAUUGGUCACGUUCGACCUACGAUUUCGGGCUUUUUACACAGGUUCUAUAGGGAUCGUACCUAAAGUUCAAUCGGCAACUACUACCUUAACGUCAAUGGAAAGCAAUGUUCAUUUAUUAAGAUAAACACAACUAAUUGUUGCCCCGCAAUGAAUAGUAAUGGCAGCUAGCCGAAAAUUCCCAGUUUUAAUUGCAUUUCAAUGCGCGCUAUGCAAACAUAGUCAAUUCGGUCCAGUGGUAUCGUGAAAGGUAUGUCAUUGUUUUUGGGUACGGUUCCAAUAGAUGAUGCACAUAAACAUAAAAAUGUAGUGCCUUUAACUUCGUGUAACUAUAGUAUCUGAUUAUUGUUGACUAACGUUAAUUUCAUUCAUUGUUAAAAAUCUAUUAAAUGUUAUGUAAGGUGAUCUUUUAUCACAAAGAGAAAUGUUUUUAUUAUUAGCCCCAAAUAUAUAGUAAGAUUGUAACGUUUGAUUGUCCUAUGUGAUAAUUCGGAAUGCAUACAGUGUAUUUGUAUGGAAACAUAUUUGUUGACAUUUUAUAUCUAAAUGGAGUUAUUUGUAAUGGAAAAAUAUAUUUCUAAAAUUGGAAAAAAUGUAAAAAAAAAAACUUAAUAUUAUAGUUUUAGAUACCUACUUUAAAACUCGUAGUAUGUAAAACUACCACAUUUUAUUAAAUGUUUGAAAUGAAAUAUCAUUGCUAUAACACCCUCACACAACAAUCUUAGCUUAAAUAAAUAAAUGAAAUACAAUUGAGAUUGAGAAAUACUAAAUUGAAACAUACAAUUUAACUACAUUAUAGCAUGUAUGCAGGUAAAUUCUGUGUGAUAUGAAUCAAUAUUGGGGACUCUUUAGUGAAUUCUACACUUGAGAAGAAAACAAAAUCUAUCCAUAUUGAAUGAAACAAUAAGUUGUCUGAACAAUUAUGUCGUCUAGACUUGUGAGAAUUUAAAGAGCAAGAACUUAGAUGUAUAUUCCCCUAUGUAUAGUUCUAGUAAAAGUUGUUAAAUACGUUAACCUAAUAGUUUGAAUUUUUGACUAUGAACGUUAGCUUUAAUGCAAAUGAUUGUGCCAGAAUAUUAUUUUUAUGUGUCAUAGAUCUUAUUUAAAUUAACAGCCGUUGCAAAGUUUACUAGGCAGGUCCGUUGAUCGCAGAAUGAAAUAUGAGAAAGACGUGAAAGUUGUCAAGUGCUCACGAUUAGCAAUCUUACAAAUAAUAAUUGUGUCGACAGAACCAUGACGCUUUUUGUUAAGCGCCGUUUAGACAUCUCAGAUUGAAUUUUUUUUUUAAAAGUACUUUAACAUCGAGCAGUAAUUAAAAAAACUAAUACGCUAAUACCUACUUAAGUUCUGAAAUAAAUUAUUUCCAUAAAA